AUGGCUUGCACGGCUAUACAACCACCAUCACUCUCAUCGUCACUGUCGACUCUACUAUCAGCGUCAUCAGCGGCAUCAUCAUAUACCAGCAGCAUCAGCAACAGCAACAAGCAAAAGAACCUCGACUCCAGGAGCUACCAGACCAAGAUGUGGAGAGGCUACGGCUUUGGCAGCAGUGCUGCAUCCUCCCCAGUCUCACCACCAUCGUCUUUCCCACAGCCAGCUCCUCCACCACCAUCACCAUGCGACGGGCUGCUCGACAUCUACCCUCGCAAGACGUCUUUCUCGACCUUCUCGGGAAGCAACACCUCGUGUGCCUUUCCCUCGUGGCCUAACCGAUCAUCUCUCUACUCUGGCUCCGAGGACGACAGCGGCAGCUCAGCCUCGGCCUAUCUCUCAGACGAGGACCUGUUCCCGAUCCCGUCUACUUCGUCAGCAUCCAACCCGAUGCUGGCAGCCAUGGAGACCCCCUUCGGAAGCGACAGCUUCGACGAAAACGAAAACGCCAUCAUCGGAAACCCCGGGCUGACCACCGAGGAGCAGAUCCGACACAUGAACGAGACCGAGGACUGGCGCAUGAGGCAGUACGUCCAGGCCCAGGCUCAGGCCCGCGCCCUCCAGGCUCUCCGGGCUGCCCAGCUAGCAGCCGUGGAGCACGCGCAGGCUAGCAGACAGCGCAAGAAGCGCGCAUCGGGAUCGAGCAGCAAGAAGCGACGGGCUCACCAUGGAUCUGCCGCGGCUGCCGCUAGCAGCGGAAGCAGCUCUUCCUCUACCUCGGCUUCUUCCAAGCACUAA